UAACUUCCUGUUUUACGUCAUUGGCCGCUAACAAGUCGUGAAGUCUUAUUUGACCUGCCAAAGCUAAAGCUCUGCUGUGAAACAUGGCAAAACUUAGCAAAGAGACAAAACAGCGUCUGCAGCAGGUGUUCCAGUGCGGACAGUUUGUCAUUCGAUGGGGCUUUAUCCCCACGGUUCUCUACUUGGGUUUCAAACGAGGGGCGGAUCCAGGAAUGCCAGAACCCACAGUCUUGAGUUUGUUGUGGGGUUAAGGAGGACCUUCGCCUGACCAAUCACCUUUUCUCAACAUUACCCUCCCCGUCGACCAUCAGCAGUUACCAAGGAAACAAACACCAUUUCAUCCCCACAAACUGCAGAGCCGGCACCCAUCUUACUGUCCAAGUAAACAUGUUGGCCAUCUUUCCACUCACUUACCUAUAUGUGUAUGGAAUAUAUAUGUAUGGAAUAUAUAUGUGCUGUUAAGGUCCCUAUACAUCCCCAGUAAUAUAUAUCAAUAUAUCCUGGACAAGUGAAGGCUGGCCAAUACAUCUAAUUUGGACUCUUGGAAUCACAUUGGAGUGAUUGUCAGGAGCAAAGACUAGUUGACCAGAGACUCCAGUGUAAUAGUGUAGCAGGUUAUGCUUCUGUGGAGAAAUUGUUAUAUGCAAUGGAUUCAUGUAUGUCUGAAUAAAGUACAGGGGAAUUAUUUUG